AUGGCGACUACGGCCGCCAGCGGGCCACCUACGACGCGCGUUGACGUCCCCUCAUGGAACGGCGAGGCAGACAAGUUGACGAGCUACAAGUUUGAGGUCUCCAUGUUCACCAAGAGCAUCAAGACUGCGGAGCGCUACGUGUGCGGCCCGCAGCUGGUGCGCGCCCUCGGGGCGCGAGUCUGGACGACGGUGGAGAGCUGCCCGGACAUCGACACGGUCGACGAGAUCGACAAGGAUGGAGUUUUGAUUGGUUGGAACAAAGUGUUUCAAUACGCAUUGGAGAAGCUGGACUUCACCAGCCUGAAUGAUACGGGCCUCCUCGCGGAGGAGUUCUUCCUGAAGGUCAGCCGGAACUCGGGCGAGACCAUCCAGGACUGGGCCGCCAGAUUCGAGAAGAAGGAGCGGGAGCUGUUGGUGCAGCUCCAAGUCAUUGAUUCCAGCGUGACGGAAGUGAUUGCGAAGCCUCUUCGGACAUGGUGGUUCCUUCGGAAGUCCAAGCUAUCCCCUGUUCAACGUGGAGAGAUCACCGCCACGGCAGGUGGCGACCUCAACUUCGGCAAGACAUACAAGGCCUUGCUCACGCGCUUCCCGGCGGAGGCGCUGGCGGAGCUCGACGGCAAGCAGCACCGUAAGGCCUUCUAUGAGGACACGCACGUCGACGACGUUGAGGACGAGACUGGUGGGGAAGAUAUUGAUUUCACAGAGGUUGUCGAGCAGCUGAUCACCCUCGCCGAAGAAGAUGAAGAUGAGGAGCCAGCUGACGACAACCCAGCGGACAACGAGGUGUUCGCAGAGUUCAAGCAGGUGGGCAGGAGCUUCAAGGACGCUCGCGACCUGAUCCGACGCCUUCGAGUGUCCCGCGACUACUACCCGGUCGUGUCGCUCAAGGACCCCGAUCGCGUGGCCCCGCCUCCGAACCCGGGACGAGGCUUCCAGCGUGGCCGGGGCAAGAACGGUCGAGGCCGCGCUCGCUUCGACACGGGCAAGGGACGUGACAUGUCCAAGAUGAAGUGCAUCGCGUGUGGCGAAUAUGGUCAUCGAGCGGCGGACUGCAACGAGAGGUUCAAGAAAGAUAAAACGAGAGAUGGAGCUCGUGGGACUACUCACAACGGCUUCGUCCUGUCCGCCCUCGACGAGUACCUCUACCUCCUGGAGCGCGACGGCAUCUGGGCGAUCCUCGACAUCGGGGCCACGAAGAGCCUCGGCGGCCUCGAGAGCGUCGAGAACCUCAUGUACGAGAUGCUGGACCAGCACGGCCAGGAGUUCGAGACGACACAUGACGAGUGCUCAUUCACCUUCGGCGACGGCCUCCAGAAGAGCUCGAUGGGCACGGUGAAGGGGAACGUGUUCCUCGGCGGCGACCUGACCGAGGUCAAGCUGUCGGUGAUGCCGAACCGCGUGCCGAUCCUCCUGGGCAUGGACAUUCUGACUGACUCGCUGAAGGUUGUGGUCGACUGCGGCCGGAACUGGAUCGGCCUUCCGACCAUGGGCAACAAGGUGUUCUUCUGCGAGCGCCUCUCGAGCAACCAUCUGGCCGUCAACCUGACGACGCCGCAGUGGUGGAAGGAGGUGCCGCUUUCCUUGCCGAGUGCCGGGUGCCUGACGUCCGAAGCGACGGCGCCCGAUGUUCUGGUCGAGGAGCUGCCCGAAGAGGCCGCUCCCGACGGAAACCUCGGCGGCGCGGACACCUACCAGAGCGACGGAAACUGCGACACGGAGCGGAUCGGCUCGAGCGACGGAAACCUCGAUUUCGUUCGGACGGACGGUCAGGGGAUCGACAACUUCGGCUCCAGCGACCCCGACGCCAGCAUCAGCAGCAACACCAGCUAUUCCGGCAAGAGCCACACGUGUACGAAGGCGACGGAGGUGACCAUCCGGGAGCAGGCAGUGGCUCUACGCUGGCGGCGCCUGUCCUACAAGCUGAACUCCCCGGAGGUGCAGGGGGGCUGGAAGUUCACUCCGGAGAUGCUCGACGACUCGGAACUGCCGGAGAUGGACUCGAAGAGGAAACGCUGA